CUUUCUCCACAACUUCUGAAAAAUGGAGCAAAAGUUGAGUCCUUUUGCAGGGAAAACCAGGAAGAGAAAGGCGCCAGACGACGCUUAUUUGGGCUCUGCCUUCUCCUUAGAUGAGCUGAAUCAAGACCUGCUCGAAAGGGUCCUUUCCUGGCUUCCUUCCUCGAGCUUCUUUCGUCUUCGUUCGGUGUGUAAAAGAUGGAAUUCUGUUGCGACCUCUGCAACUUUUCAGCUUGCCUGCUCCCGGAUACCCUUCCGAGACCCAUGGUUUCUCAUGGUUGAUCAAGAUCUAGACCAGUCUAUCGUCUUCGACCCCGCCGAAGCCAACUGGAAAAAUCUAAACCAUCCGGCUUACCUCCAACAAAGACAUGGUUGCAAGCCCAUCCCUGUUGCAUCAUCUGGUGGUUUGGUCUGUUACCGCACCGAGUCUGGCAACUUGAUUGUGUGCAAUCCAGUCACCGGUGCCUGCCGCGAGCUCCCUCCGGUGGGCCAGUCUAGCGAAAGCCAGACCCUCCAUGCUAUCACCAUGUACUCCUCUCCAAAAGAUCCAGCUUCUUAUAGAAUUGUACUUGUCUCGGGUGAAUUCUCAAGCCUCUCUUUCAGAGUCUUCGACUCCACGAAGAACAUGUGGGAAGAUGAAGUUCUGUUGGUUCAGAAAGCUGAGAAUUCCUUGGAAUCUAACAUGUCCGGUGACGAGACGGUGUAUUUUCUUAGCAAAGCUGGAGACGUCAUUGCCACCAACAUGCAGAGGAGCCCAUCUAAGCAAUACUCAUCAGUUCUGACCAUGGAUAAUGGAGAGGAAGUGGUCUAUUUCCUUAGCCAAUCAGGGACCAUUGUGACCUGCAAUCUUGCUCGGAAGACCUUUUCCGAGCACCCAAGAUUGCUGCCCAUCUUUUCCGAGUACUCUAUCGAUGUGGUCGAGUGCAAGGGGGAGAUGUUAGUAGUCAUUCUGUCAGAGUUCCUGGAGACUGCAAGCUUGAGAGUCUGGAAGUUCUCCAAGGGAGACCGCUCUUGGCGGCAGGUCGCAGCAAUGCCGCCAUCGAUGUCUCACGAAUUCUAUGGGAAAAGGGUCGACAUAAACUGCAUUGGCAGUGGGGAUAUGAUCUUCAUAUGCAUCAAUUCCGGCGACUUCAGCACCUAUGUCAUGUGUAAUGUGGUGGCCAAUGAGUGGAAUGAGCUGCCCAAGUGUUUUGUAAAUGGCCAGGCCAAGGAGUUCCUGUCUGCCUUCUCUUUUGAGCCAAGGGUGGAGGCUUCUGUCUGAAUGUCUGGAGAAGUUUGUCUGACUGUUUGUGUCUUGAGUUAUAGUUUGAGAUAUUAUCACAAGCUUUCAUUUGUUGUUGUACAAUGGCCUGAGGCAGAAAAGAUCAUCCAUUGUGUAUGUAUCUGUGUUUGAAUAGUUCCCAUCUUUCAUGUCCAAGGGAGUGUUCAUGCUAGUAGAAUCUCUUUAACAGCUUUUUUUCCGAGGAGGAAAAGCUAGCACUUGCUUUGGAAGGCAGCAGGGUUUCCACCAAGGCAUUGGCAGGUACAGUUUAAAGUCAUAAGUAGAAUCAAUGUGGGGAUUUCCUCUGUGUCAUUCCUCCUGGCAGUGCGGGAAUUACUUGAGUGAGAGAUGUCUCAGUUGGCACUGAAAACUGAAAAGCGGCUACGGAUUGUGAUUUCAGGCACAAUGUGUUGGUCAGUGGAAGACCUGCAAUGGAGAAAUUAUGAGGUGGACCAAAAUUAUUAGAGGGUUUUUGACUGGAAGCUGCUUCCACUGUGUGUAACUUUUUUUCUUUUCUUUUUAUAUGACAGAUGCCUUUUUGAAUAGAAGUGUUCUGGAUCCUUGUCAUGCUAA